AUGGUCUUGUUUCGGACGUCGUGUUUCGAUUUCAAUGUCUCCACCAAAUCACCGGAUACAACAGUAAAGUGCUUAUCAAGUGCCAAUUCAUCAAGACGCAGAAAUCGGUCAAGAAUUACGGAACAAGACAAAGCUAUUCUAAGGUUGAAGAGGCAACGUGACAAACUCAAUCAGUUGACCAAUAAGCUAGAUAACCGGAUAGAAAAUGAAAAUGUUCUUGCCAAGGAACUUAUUAGGCAAGGUAAAAAGGAGCGGGCUCUGAUGCUGCUGAAAAAGAAGAAGUAUCUCGAAAACCUCAUUCAUAAAACCAGUAUUCAACUGUCAAACAUCGAACAACUUGUCAAUGACAUCGAAUUCGCUCAAAUAGAAGUGGAGGUUUUAGAUGGGUUAAAGUGUGGGAACAAGGCUCUCCAGGAUAUCCAAAAGGUAAUGUCGUUAGAUGAUGCAGAACGGAUUAUGUCAGAAGCUCAGGAUGCUGUGGAAUAUCAACGUGAGUUAGAUGAUAUGGUUUCUGGCGGUCUGUCCUCUAACGAUUACCACGAAAUUGAGUGUGAAUUAACUCGUCUCGUAGAACCUGAAGUUAUCGAUCUCCCACAUGUGCCUGAUCAUCCCAUAGAUCCGUUUGUUGAAAAAAAAUCAAAAGAUCCUGCACCCAGAGAGCGAAGCAGAGAAGCAUUAGCAGUUGGUAGUUAA